AUGGCUAAGAAGUCUCAACAGAAGAAGAAGAAAGGGCGCGGCAGGCAGAAGCAGGUGGACCUUGUACGAAGACAGGUCGGCCUGUUGGUCACAAAGGAGCUAGAGGUAGAGAUAAAUGCCUGUCGGGAGGAGGUGGAGAAGAUAGCGAAGGACUGUAAAAACAGGAAUGCUAAAUUCAGGGACCCUGAUUUCGAUUUAACGAGGGACUGGGAACGUUGCAUUUACGGAAUGAAAGAAACGCUCCGACUGAAACCUUCAGUCCGGCGGGUUACGGAGAUUUUCGACAAGCCCAAGUUCUUCAACGACAAAGGUGCGGCGGAGUCGAGUGCGAUCCAUCAGGGGUGCAUCGGGGAUUGCUACUUCCUGGCGGGACUUGGGACUGUCUGCUGUAUUCCAGGAUUGAUCGAAAAGAUUUGUGUUGCGCGAGAUGAGGAAGUCGGUGUCUAUGGAUUCAUCUUCUUUCAAGAUGAUGGCUGGUGCAGGGUCAUCGUCGAUGAUCUACUACCAAUCCAAAACCCACGGCAUUUUGACUCUUUGGAUGACGGCGAGAGACAGCUUUUCGUCGAGGAUCGGGAUCUGUUUCAUCAUGUCCAAAAGAAUCGGGGAUCGCGCCUGACAUAUGCAAAGUCGGGGUCGGAUGGGGAGACAUGGGUGCCUCUCAUAGAGAAGGCCUACGCUAAAUUGUAUGGUUCGUAUGAGCAUCUGGAUAGAGGGUGGACCACCGAGGCUAUCGAAGAUUUAUCUGGCGGUGUCUCGACGACCUUCUACACACAGGAUAUCCUAGAUAGGGACCGAUUCUGGAAGGAAGAAAUGUCGAAGGCGAACACUGACCGUCUUCUAUCCGCGAGCUUCUUCGGUGACGAGACUCAAGGUCUGAUAUCCGAACACGCCUACUCCAUCCUCAAAGCCAUUGAAUGGAACGGGAAAAGGUUCGUCUUGGUCCGAAACCCCUGGGGUGACUCGGAAUGGGGAGGGCCUUGGUCCGAUGGAUCGAAGGAAUGGGAGCCUCAGUGGCUAGGCGCGCUCAAAGAGCUCGACCACGUCUUUGGGGAUGACGGCAAAUUUGUCAUGGAAUAUGACGAUUUCUUAAAGUACUUCGAACAGGUUGGGAGGACCUUUUUGUUCGACGAGAGCUGGGUGCUCGUAUCGGAAUGGAUGAAGGUGGAUGUCGAAAACGUCCCAGCGCUGCCAUCGUAUGGAAACCUCUCUUACAAAGUCACGAUCCUGGAACCAACAAAAGCAAUCAUCUGCUUGUCCAAGCUGAAUACUCGCGGCUUCAAGACCGCCCCACUCGGACCUCCCCUCGUAUGCCAGUUUGCCAUCGUCAAAGCUGGAGAACGGAAACCGCUGAGGGUAAGUUCUCCAUCGGGUGACUCCCGAGUCACCCUGGAAUUGGAUCUCGAAGCGGCAACCUAUAUGAUCUACGUGAAAACGGAACACGAAUCGACGAUCGACCAUCCAACCGCUGGCCCUUGCAAUCCCAUCAAAACGCAGACAGUAGCAAAAUUGCUGGCGUCGAAGGUCAAGUCCCUUUCGCUCGUAAAAAACUGGGACACUGGACUGAGGUCGAAAUUCGUACCCAAAACAUUGGAAGAGGUGAUCGAAGAAGACCUCGUGGAAACAUCGGUCGAGGAUGAAGACCCCGGCGGCGGUGAGGAUCCAGCACUCCCCCUAUCUCAAGACGUCCCAGAGACGAAGCCUUUGGCCGAGGAGGAUGAAUGCAUUCCGAAGGAAGUAGACUCGGAUGGAGAGAGCGCGGCUACCCAGGUUACUCCUGCUGUACAGGACACACCUGCCAGCGAAACCGGCCCGAAGCCGCCAGUUGACCAUGAGUCCCCACCAGCACCGAUUGUGCCCUCCGUCGAGUUGAAAGGGCUGCACUGGACCGUGAUCAUGUCACUCCUCACAACAGUCCUUCGUGCAGUCGACUACAUUGCAUUGACAUGUCUCUACCUGUUCGGAGCCUCGUCGGAGCCAAUUAAAGACGACGCGGAGGAGGCAGGGCAAGAGUCUAACCCACAACUCGAGAUCGAAGAAUUAACACCUGGCCGGGAACUCGAUCAGCCAGCGACAGUCGACCACCACUUCGAGGAGCUUUGUAGCCCCACUUACCCUCCCCCUUCCAUGCCCAAAAAUUGGGUGGACUUGUAUCACGACGCGGGAAACAGCGUCUUCUUGGGUCUUCGCGUCUAUACUCAGACCAAGGAGCCUUGCACGAUCGUCGGGCGGGUCAGAUCCUCAAGUGAAUAG